GCGGUGGUUUGGUCCGGAGCUCGCGGAGAAGCUCGGCGCAGUCUUCCGCUGCAGGUCUCCGAGAGAGGGACGCUCUAGGCGGAUACGGAAUCUGGAGCGCGCCGCUCCUCUGGACCACGACUACCAGCAAAAUUCUAAGUUGCGUUUUUAUCAUUUGUGGACUCGUGGACCAUCUGAAAAGCUGUGUCGCACUUGGCGGUCGAAGGAGCGGUCGUCACCAUGACAAGGUCCAUGGCCGGCCUCCUCCUGCUGAGGCUCCUCCUCCUCAUCGACCCGGCCACGACGUCGGCUACCACUCAUCCCGACUCCACUUCGGCGUUCCCGACGGCGUCGCUUUUUCAGCCGCCGGCUCCACCCGAGUGCACCAAGAAAGAACAUCCCAAAGUGUCCACGCAAGUGCUCAGUCCAUGGAUGGCCACGUUCUCCUGGACGGGCGUGCGGGAUUUCUCCCAGCUCACGCUCGACCUUGCCAGGAACGAACUCAUCGUUGGUGCCAGGAACUUCUUGUUCAGGUUGGACCUUAGCAACAUGUCCUUGAUCCAGGCAACGGAAUGGGCGCCCGACGACGAGACCAGGAGGUCCUGUCAAAGCAAAGGCAAGACUGAGAUUGAAUGUCAGAACUACAUCCGAGUGCUGCUGGUGAACAAGACCCAAGUAGUGACCUGCGGGACCAACGCCUUCCAGCCUCUCUGCACCACCAGAGAGGUGGGCAACAUGAGCAAGGUGUUGGAGCGUGUUAACGGCGUGGCCCGCUGCCCUUACGACCCUCGCCACAACUCCACAGCGGUGUUGACGGAACGCGGCGAACUUUACGCCGCCACAGUCAUCGACUUCUCCGGACGCGACCCCGUCAUCUACCGCAGCUUGGGCGGGAUGCCGCCUCUACGCACCGCACAGUACAACUCCAAGUGGCUCAACGAGCCACACUUCAUCUCGGCAUACGACAUGGGCCUCUUCACCUUGUUCUUCCUGCGGGAGAAUGCGGUGGAGCACGACUGCGGCAAGACUGUGUACUCGCGGGUAGCGCGCGUGUGCAAAAACGACAUCGGCGGCCGCUUCCUGUUGGAGGACACGUGGACCACCUUCAUGAAAGCCCGCCUCAACUGCUCACGCUCCGGCGAGAUCCCGUUCUACUACAACCAGCUGCAGAGCACCUUCCAUCUACCCGAGCAGGACCUCAUCUAUGCCAUUUUCACCACCAACGUCAACAGUAUCGCAGCUUCGGCCGUGUGUGCCUUCAACCUGAGCGCCAUCACGCGAGCCUUCAACGGGCCUUUCCGCUCCCAGGAAAACCCUCGCUCCACUUGGAUGCCCACCCCCAACCCCAUCAGCAACUUCCAGUGUGGGACCAUCGAGGAUGAGGGCCCUAACGAGGGUCUGACAGAACGCAGCCUACAGGACGCCCAACGCCUCUUCCUGAUGAACGAGGUGGUGCAGCCUGAAUCGGUUGACCCCUUAGUCAUGCAGGACGACGUACGCUUCUCCCACCUGGCCGUGGACAUCGUACAGGGAAUGGACACGCUUUACCACGUCAUGUACAUUGGCACCGAAUACGGCAGCAUCCUGAAGGCACUUGCCACGUCCAACAAAAACCUGCAAGGCUGUUACCUAGAGGAGAUGGAGCUCCUCCCAUCUGGUGUACGCCAGCCAAUCCUGAGCCUGCAGAUUCUGCACAGUGACCGUUCGCUCUUUGUGGGUCUUAGCGACCGAGUGCUGAAGAUCCCUUUGGAGAGAUGCUCCACGUACCGCACUGAAAUGCUGUGUUUGGAGGCCCGGGAUCCUUACUGCGGCUGGGACAUGCGUCAGCGCCGCUGCACCACGCUGGAGGACAGCACCAACAUGAGCCAGUGGAAGCAGAACAUCACAGCAUGUCCGACGCAUAACCAGACCACGCACGGCGCAUUUGGUAACUGGACGGCGUGGCAGGCCUGCAACAACGACGAUGGUGUUGAUGGCGUCAGUUCGUGCUUGUGCCGCUCUAGGUCAUGUGACAACCCGGCCCCUCGCUGCGGAGGCCGGAUGUGCGAGGGCGCCACCAUUGAAGUGGCCAACUGCUCAAGGAACGGAGGGUGGACGCCUUGGUCGUCAUGGGGACAAUGCAGCACCAGCUGCGGUACAGGAUUUGAGCUGCGCCAGCGCUCAUGCAAUAACCCGGCACCGCGGCACGGAGGUCGCGUCUGCGUGGGGGCCAGCCGUGAUGAGAGGUUCUGCAACGAAGGGGUCUCAUGCCCACAGCCAGUUCUGUGGUCACCGUGGGGCUCGUGGACCAAGUGCAGCAGUGAUUGUAGCGGAGGGGUGCACUCGCGGGUACGCAACUGCGAGAACGGCAAUAGUUGCCCUGGAUGCGCCUUGGAGUACAAGGCGUGUAAUCUGGAGGCAUGUCCAGAAGUGAAGCGGAGCACGCCAUGGACUCCUUGGACGCCGGUCAACGUGACGCAAGGCGGCGCUCGACAGGAGCAGCGCACGCGCUACAUGUGCCGCGCUCGCCUGGCCGACCCGCAUCAGCUGCAAAUGGGGCGACGCAAGAUGGAGACCAGGUUCUGCCCAAAUGAUGGCACAGCUGCCUGCGACACCGAUGACCUGGUAGAAGAGCUGCUCAAGACCCCGCUAGUCCGAGGGUCCAACACCCCUGGCUGGUCUUCAUGGGACUCCUGGUCCGGUUGCUCCCAAAGCUGCUCCAAAGGAUAUCGUACCCGACGGAGAUCUUGUGCCGGACCAGAGGGCAAGAGCGCCCCUGUGGCAUGCAGAGGCUCUCCCGUGGAGUAUCAGGACUGCAACGUACAGCCAUGUCCAGUGAAGGGCGCAUGGUCGUGCUGGUCAGCGUGGUCGGUUUGCUCAGCGGGUUGCGGUGGCGGCCAUUACCAGCGAACGCGGGUGUGUGGAAGCCCGCCGCCUGCCAACGGGGGCGACAUCUGUCUGGGAUUGCACACCGAGGAGGCGCUCUGCAACACACACACGUGUGAUGAUGCGUGUUGGGCCCCAAGGGAGCAGACGGAGGUCCGGGCUGACAGUGGAGGCGGGUGGAUGGCCUGGUCGCUCUGGUCGGCCUGCGACGACUCAGGGGUGCAGAUGAGGACCCGAAUGUGCGGGGCCGCCGGGGGCGCCCCCUGUGUGGGUAACGCCACCCAACGUAGGGACUGCAAUGAAAUUCCUGUCAUCCUCCCCGCAUCGGGCUUUGACAAGGACCAACACUGCGGAGCAUUCACGUCUAUCCACCUGAUCGCCACCGGGGUGUCCUGCUUCCUGGGCGCGGGUCUCCUGUCCUUCCUGGUCUACGUGUACUGUCAACGAUUCCACAAGCCGUCGCAGGAGUCGGCGGUCAUCCACCCGACCACGCCCAACCACCUCAACUACAAGGGCAACGUCACGCCAAAGAACGAGAAGUACACACCCAUGGAGUUCAAGACAUUGAACAAGAACAACUUAACGCCGGACGAGCGCUCCAACUUGUUCCCGCCGUCGCUACAGCAACAGCAGGCCAACGUGUACACCACCACAUACUAUCCGCCCGCGCUUGGCAAGUUCGACUACCAGGCCAACGCCUCGCCGUCGCCCUGCCGGACGUACAACCGCACCAACAACAGCUGAGACGCGGUUACCUGAGCCGCCCGGUGACCCCCUCUUUACUCAGAACUACAAAGCGGAACGUUCCGCACCGGAUGAAAAAGCGGGGGAUGCCGAACUUUUACAAAAUAGUCCUGCUGAUGAACUCUCCAAAUGGGCCGUGGUGUAAAUAAUCCCGCCGGGAAAAAGACUCAAUUUCUGGAUCGCUCUGAGGGAAAAUAGUGCGGCCGUCAUAUCAAAUAUGGCCGUCGUGCUGCGUUAAAGAGAGUUCAGAAUAAUAAGCUCGUAGAUAAAACUUGUUUUGUAACGUUAUAAGAAAAAAAUGGACUGACUCAAAGUAGGGCUUCAAGCUUGGUAGGGUUUAAAGUCGAGCUUCAGAGUAGGGUUUCAAGCUAAACUUUCCCCAGAUUCAAACCCUACUUUGCAACUUUUUCGUGUAGCAUCACUAACUUGUCGUCUUUGGUAACAAAACAUUUGGAGUCUUUAUUUUUGGGUGUGCGUGGGUGUGUUUUCUAUGCAAGUGGGCGUGUUUUAGAUGAGCGAGUGAGCGGUCGCCGGUGGAGCGGUCGCCUUCUCCUUCACACUGUGAAUCUUUUUGCUACUUUCUAUUUUUCUACCAGCAGGACAAUAAAAAUACAAACUUGUUCAUGACAAAACGCAAGCGCAAACACGAACAUGAACGCUUUGUCUUCUUCUUUCAACUCAAAUUGUGUUAUUGGCUGCCAUUGACGGCGCUGGACGUCCAAUCCAUUUUGACUGGGAGGGUUUGCAGCGAGUCAAAAUGGAUUGGACGUCUAUCAUAGUCGAUGACAUUUUGUCCUCACACUUACGACUUUCACGUGCUUCAUGAUGGAUUUAUUUUAUGUUUAUUGAUGGAGAUGAAAGUCAUAUUUUGACAGCAAAAGUGCACUCUCGCUAAUGGUUGAUUAUCAUUACACUCACUCAACACCUUAACGGCAACGCUGCUGCCACCAAAGCUGCUUUUUAUAUCAAUUGAGGCUGAACGAGUGAAUGAUGUGGCGUCACACUGGUGGCCUGUUUUACGACUUGAUGG